AUGGCAGCCAAUUCCCAACAGUUUGGAGUUUGUCAUGAGGGUUCAGUUAAGGGAGUAAAUGAGACAAAUUCUAAAGUAGAGCAGCUGCUUGCACAGUUAACAAGUAUGGUUCAACAAAUGGCUUUAGGUCAACAAGUGAGACCUUGUGACAUAUGUCAGUUGAUGGGGCAUGCUACUGAUGCAUGUCCCACUCUUCAAGAGGGAUGGAGGGAUCAUCCUAAUUUAAGACAUGGGAACCAACAACAAGCAACACCUACCAGACCACCAGGGUUUAAUUACCAACAAAGGCCUCAACAAGCCUAUGUACUUUGUCAUCAACAACCUCCUACUGGAGUCCCACAAGAUCAGGAACCAUCAAUAGUAGACAUGCUUAAAAAUUUGGUGGCAUCCAAUAUACAAACUCAAGUAAUUCUUCAAAGUACUCAAGCGUCUCUCAAGAAUUUGGAGAACAUGAUAGGACAGAUUGCUACAUCUCCGAGCAAGCUUGAAACUCAAAAUUCUGAAGGAUUACCUCCCCAGCCAGAGAAGAACCCAAGAGCAAAUUUACAUAAACCAACUAUGCCAACCUAUGUCCCUCGUCCGCCUUUUCCAAGCAGAUUGAAAAAGUUUAAGAAAGAGGAAGCUGACAAGGAAAUUCAUGAGAGUUUUCACAAAGUUGAGGUAAACAUUCCAUUACUUGAUGCUAUUAAAAAAAUGGCAUGUUAUGCUAAAUUUUUGAAGGAGUUGUGCACCAAUAAGAAGAAAUCGAAGGGUGGUGAAAAGAUAAGUAUGGGGGAGAAUGUCUCUACUGUUCUCCAAAAGAAGCUGCCACCAAAAUGCAAGGAUCCUGGAACCUUUAAAAUUCCUCGUAUGAUUGGGAAUAAAAGGAUUGAGCGGUGUAUGAUAGAUUUGGGAGCAUCGAUUAAUGUCAUGUCAUAUUCAAUAUAUGCUUAUUUAAAUCUUGAGACAGAAGUUAUUAUUCAACUGGUCGAUCACACUAAUGCUUAUCCUUUAGGGGUAGUUGAAGAUGUGUUGGUAAAGGUUGAUGGACUUGUCUUUAUAGCAGAUUUCUAUAUACUUUAA